AUAUUGCCCGGAUAAUAUCUGGAGUAGAAACCAUGGAUAAGGAUGCAUCAACAUGGGAUCGACCGUACCAUGUAAUGCCCAUGGCAGAACGUCGGUUACGUGCCAUACGUAAACAAUUGUGUCAGUGCCCAUGCUGCAGAGCCAAUGGUGAUCAGAAUCCAUAUAAGAGCCAACCUGGACCAGAAGGUAUAAGCCCAUUGAUACAAUAUCGGGAAUAUGGUAUCCAAAGGAAUGUAGACACUAGAAACUGUGUACAGAGUAAUGAGCUAGAAGGUGGAGAUAGCAUAGAUAGAAUAAAUAACCAAUUGAUAAACGCAAAAAAUGAUACCAUUCCAACGCAAAGGCAUCUGAAGACAAAGUAUCUCAAAGAGCUACGAUGGCUGUGCCGCAUGGUGGACUACCUAGACGCACUAGAAAGACGUGGUUUCGGGAAAGAAUCGUGGAUAACGCAACUUAAAAAACUCUCGGCAAUAUAUUCACAAAGAUUACAAAAUACACCAGAAUCUUAUUUGUAUACACAAAUCCAAGAUGCGCUCUAUAAUUGGAUAGAAUUUGAAAAGCAAUGCAGGCAUGCAUACGCCAACGUAACGGCAACAUACAACAAACUGAUACGCAUGGAAAUACACCUGAAUCUAUUGAGGACUAACUCAUUGAUGAUGCUCACAAACAGUGAUACAGAAAACAUAACCGAUUCAGAAAGAUAUGGCAAACUGGUGUCCAUAUGGUCAACAAAACUGGCAGCACUCAGGGAUCGUAAUAUCACCGAGUUCAGCCAAUACGUAAUAAACAUUGUGGCGCCACUUAAGAUCAUGGACGUGCCACGUGCUGUCUGUUUUCUACAACCACGACGCAAUGAAACUAGCCACGUCAACAUGAAAGAAGAAGGUGAUAUUAACAAACGAUGCAACGCCUCAGCAUCAUUUAAUCUAGGUUCAGAUGAGACGCCAUUAUCAGAGUGUAAUCCGAUACCAUCAACGGAUAAUAUAGAUAUGCCUCAGACAACGCCGACCAAUCAAUCAGUAUAUAGUGUCCCGGAGUAUACACUGGACGCUGAGGACGUGACCGCCGAAUGCUAUGAAUAUGAAUGCCCCGGUGACUACACCGAUAUAUAUAAUGAAACCAUGCAACUGGUGGAAACAUAUUGCCAAAAUCGUGGAAUUAACGAGGAAAUGCCAAGCGAAUACGUAAAUAGGGUUACAACACUAACAGCACGUCUACUGCCACAUAUAAUGAAAGACUCGGUAGGACUCCCAAUACAUAGCAACGCUUAUCUGGAUGCUUCGGUGCAUCCCCUAAACGCAAAUGCACCAGGGAAUAAAACUAAGCCUCAGAAGAGCUGUGUUAACAUAAACACUUCCAAAGCUAAUAUAAAAGGAUAUAACAUCAAUUCACAUAAAAAUGUGAGCGGCUCUACAAUGGAAUCUCAACAAAUGCCGAUAUUGCCAACCUGGGCACAUGAUAACCCAUUUGUCAACCUGCUUAAGAAAACCAAUGUUAAGGUAGUCAACGCCCUUAGGUGUCUACCCGGAACCAAUCAGCGAUAUAGAAAGUUAAUAUGCCUGUCACAGGGAAACCUAAAGGACCUAUUCAAGAGCAGUGAUGGGACUGUGGAAACAGUAGAUGUCAGCACUCUGCUUGCGACUAACGAUGAUUCCAAUAUUAAAGCCAUAUCGCCGUCAGUGUCAGGGCCACAAACAGUGUUAAUGGCACUGCUCACAGAAGACCUUGCAAGCUACGAAAUCGAUAAGAUUGUACGAUCGUGGUUCCCACCACUGAAGCAAUGCACAGAUAAUAUCCAAACGGAUGAACCCAACGAUAAGGAACUGAAUCAACGCAAACAAAUACAAGAAUUUGAUAAAUUCCAAACGGAAAUAUGGCGAGAUCGCCUAGCAAUAUUCGAAAAGAUGAACACGAAAUUUAUAUCAAAGCUGCUGCAUGAAAGGGUGUCAUUGGAACCAAAGUAUCAGUAUGAAUCAAGUGGAUAUGCAGCACCACUGGAUUUUGUACCGCUAAGAGUCAACGUGGAUUUCAGAAACUAUGCACCAAUCAAGUAUACACUAAAGUCACAGGCAGACAUACACUACGGAUGGAUGCAAUCGCUUUUUGAUAAUGAAUUCGUGGCGACCAAAUUACAGCAUGAAGAUAUUACUACCGAAACAACACCUCAUACCCAUAGCCUGCGCAACAUUGUUAAUGGCUAUAUACCUAACGCAGUACUGGUGCCGCUGCACAGUGGGUCAAUUGAGUUCAGCAAGGAUUACCGCACAAUAACCGAAAUAUGCGACUGCGUAACGGAUUACGUAUACCCGCCCCUGUAUGAACAACACAAAUUGUGGGAAAUACAAGCUCCUAGGAAUCCAUACGAUAUUUGCCAAACCGUAAACAAAAAUAGCAACAACGAAGGAAAUAACAAAACAAACGGGUAUUCAGUAUUUGACAAUAUAGACCCUGGAACAACCUGUGAUAAUCGUGUAUCAUACACGGGUUCCGAGCAUUGUGGAAAGGAAUUAGACAACAUAGACACAAAAGGAUAUAACAGUGCUCCUAUGGGAAGUGUAUUCAUAUCUAGACAUAGCAACUUCUGCAUAGGAUCACAAUGGUCAACCAGAGAUACACAAUGGGAAAAGGAAAACGUACCACUGGUGUUCUACCUCCUAUGCUGCGAUGGAAAGGAACCAACAAUACAACCGUCCAAAAUAGAAUCAGAAAACCCAGAAUAUAUACUGCAAUAUCUAGAAAAUAUGAAAUAUGUGCUAAAGGGGCUGGAAAAGAUAUUUGAACUAUGUAAUAUAUGGAAAGUAGAAUCAUUGACCAUACCAGCAACAUUAAGCUGUUGCACGCAAAUGGAAACUGCACAGAGCACAGAAAUAGAAGAAACAUAUAAUGGACACUUAUAUAUGCGCUGCCUAGCAACAGUAACACACCUCGCAUCUGAAGUUUGCAAAAACAAGUACCCAACGGCAAUCAACCUGCUCUUCCCAGAAGCACUCAAGAAUAACGGAAUAGAUACAGCAGUAUCGUCAAUAAUCAACACACGCCUAGGAACAUUCUAAGCAACGUCUGAGCCCCAACGCGUCAAUAAACUGGAAAUGUGUCGGUACCACAUACU